AUGUAUUCAAAAGUUUUUUGUUUGAUACUUGCUUUUGCUCUAUUAUAGAUAGCAUAUACAGCUGACUGUGAACGUUGUACUUUUAGUGCAGAUGGAAAAGAUGGUAAGGGCCCUUAUACUCAAUGCGAGGAAGGUACAUGUACUCCAGAAAAAGGAACUAUAGGAACUAGUUAAUUAGCUUGUUCUAUUAAAAAAUGCUAGGCUGGUUAAUUUAGCGAAACUGGAUAUGAUUCUGAUGGAAAGGGGAAAGGAUGCACUAAUUGUGACGAUGGAACUUACUCUUUGGAAGGUUCUACAGAAUGCAAUCUAAUCCCUUGUGGUUAUGGAUUUUAUAACAAAACAGGCUACUACGAUAUAAAUGAAAAAGAUAGAGAUUAUGAAUGUGAGCAUUGCCCAUAUGCAGGUCCACCACAAAAGAAAAUACUAUAGGAGAUUAUUAAUAUGAUGAUGAAAAUAUUAUUUGUGAUUUAAAGUUAGAAGAAUGUCCUGAAGAAAUGUACAGUUUGCCCAAUUGGUAAAUCAACUGAUAAAGAAAUGACUAUAGGAGAUAGUGAUAAAGCAUGUACAGUGUAAUUUAAAUAGUGUCCUGAAGGUACAUUUAAUACUACAGGUUAUGAUGAAAAUACAAAUGAAAGUCAAUGUAAGAUGUGUAGACCUGGUACUCAUUCUUUAUCAGGCUCAAUAAAUUGUGAACUAAUACCUUGUGAUUAUGGUUAUUAUAGUAGUACAGGAUAUUACAAUUUUAAUGAGGAAGAUUGCACUGAGUGCCCUCCAGGCAAAUCUACUAAGGAGAAAUAGACUAUAGGAGAAGAUGAAAAAGUUUGUGAUGUGUAGCUAUAAUUCUGUCCUUAAGGUAAAUUUAGUUAUUCAGGCUAUGAUUUUGACGGGAAAGGGAACGGAUGCUCUGAUUGUAAGCCAGGUACUUACUCUUUGGAAGGUUCUACAGAAUGCAAUCUAAUCCCAUGUGGCUAUGGAUUUUAUAACAUAAAUGGCUAUUAUAAUAAUUCUAAAGAAACAGAAUGCUAAAAAUGCCCAAUAGGUAAAUCUACCCCGCUAGAAAAUACAUAAGGAACAGAUGAUAAAGUUUGCAGUGUGCAAUCAUAUAAGUGUCCUGAAAAUAAAUGGAGUAAUACAGGUUAUGACUAUGAUGGAAAAGGUAAAGGAUGUAAACAUUGUGAAGCAGGAACCUACUCUACUGAGGGUUCUACAGUCUGUGAUCUAAAGCCUUGUGGUUAUAAUUCUUAUAGCUCAACAGGUUUUUACACUAUUAAUUAAAAAGAAGAAUGUAAGGCUUGCCCAAAAAAUACUUAUACUAAUGAAUAAAUUAACAAAAGUUUAAAUGAUUCAAUUUGUAUACCUUAUUAUUCAAGUGAAUAUGAUGAAAGUGAAAGUGAAAGUGAAAAUAAAAGUGAAAGUGAACGAUAUGAUGAUAUUGAAACUACUUCAAGCUCUAUUAUCAUUAAAACUACUUUAAGUUUGAUUUUAUUAGUUGCUCUUUUCUGA